AUGUUAGUUUAUUCACCUAAUUGUUCGUCUUCUAUAAAUAAGUUAAGUUUUUGCUUGCAAAGAUUAAAGGUGAACAUAAAACAAUGUCGCUACAAACAUCGGACAUUAAAGAAAUCAUAUGAAACACUUGGAUUAAAGGAAGAUUGUGAAGAUGAAGAUUUAAGGUUAGCGUUUGUUCAUUUAGCCAAACAAUACCAUCCAGACAGCGGGUCAUCAAGGGCUGAUUCGAUGAAAUUUUCUGAAGUAAAGUCAUUUUUAUUAAUAAAUAAAUUAUUGAUAAAUCAAGAAGAAAUUCCUUUUAAUUUAUUGAAUUUGUUGCAGAUUGAAAGUGCGUACAGAUUGAUUCAACGCGAAAGAAGUUCUUGCAAAGAAGACAAUGACUCAUUGCCGGAAGUCGAAGAAUUUGAUAUCAAACAUACAGCACCCCAACAUCGGCAUUUCUUGGCCUACGACACUGGCAUUGGCACCCCGUCGGAAAGACAAAGAAGACAUACCAGAGAAAGAGCGCAAAAAGCCGUCGACAAUGUAAUGGAGCACAGAUUACAGAAAAUACAAGCUGCUGAGAGAAAUACUCUGGUAGGAAUGGACAAGCGUCGUGCUGGAGAUAUCAAAACGCGUUUUGGUAUUGAUAGAUUGGUUGAAGAUUUGAUCCAGGAGUCUAUGAACAAAGGAGAGUUUAAAGACCUGCCUGGUAUGGGAAAACCCCUGAAAGAUCGAGCUAGCGCACAAAAUCCUUAUGUUGAUUUUGUCACCCAUAAAUUGAACGAGAUAUUAAUCGACAAUGGAUUUACCCCAGAAUGGAUACAGCUGUCGAAAGAAAUACGAGAAGAAACAAAAGACCUAGAAAAUUACUUGACGGCAGUACGAAAUGAAUUGGGCCCUGCGCCUCUGUCAUUUGAUGAGGAUAAAUUAUGGCAAAACGCAUUAAAAGACUCUGAAGAAACUGUAAAAAAUAUAAACAAAAAAAUCAAUACAUACAAUUUACUUGUGCCUAUUCUUCAGAAACAAAUGUUGUUAAUUAACUUGGACAGUAUUGCUAAAAAAGUUAUUGAAAAGCCACCUUCUCCUUCUCAAAAUAAGAAAUCUAGAAAUAAUGUGACAGUUGAUGAUAAUUCAAUGUCUACUGGGAUGUUAGAUUUACUUUCUUGGGUAUUUGAUCGUAAAAAAACUUGA